UUGAAUUUCUGUUUCAGGUUAAGAACAAAAAGAUGCACCUGGACUUCCCUCGGAUCUCUCUGCAUUGUUAAGCUUCGGGUGGAAUUUGAGGGCCUUGAGCUGUAAGCCUUGCUGUUUAAUAGAAAUCUGUUCUGCUCAACUCCGUGGACAAUCUGUCACUUAUGGGAAGUGUCUCCCACUGAAGGCAUCCAAAGUUCUUUAAGCCACCAAAAAAUAAAAAACAACAACAACAAAAAAACAAACCAGUGCCCAAGGUUGUCUGACAUCUGCCCUACCAAGUGUCCAUCAUGCUGGGCCCCGAGGGAGGUGAAGGUUUUGUGGUCAAGCUCCGUGGCCUACCCUGGUCCUGCUCUAUUGAGGACGUGCAGAACUUCCUCUCCAACUGCACGAUUCAUGGUGGGACCGCAGGUGUCCACUUCAUCUACACUAGAGAGGGCAGGCAGAGUGGUGAGGCUUUUGUUGAACUUGAAUCAGAAGAUGAUGUAAAAAUGGCCCUUAAAAAAGACAGGGAAAGCAUGGGACACUGGUACAUCGAGGUGUUCAAGUCCCACAGAACCGAGAUGGAUUGGGUGUUGAAGCACAGAGGUCCCAACAGUGCUGACAGCGCCAACGAUGGCUUCAUCCGUCUUCGAGGACUCCCAUUUGGAUGCACAAAGGAAGAAAUUGUCCAGUUCUUCUCAGGGUUGGAAAUCCUGCCAAAUGGGAUCACAUUACCUGUGGACCCCGAGGGCAAGAUAACAGGGGAAGCUUUUGUGCAGUUUGCCUCCCAGGAGUUAGCUGAGAAGGCUCUGGGGAAGCACAAGGAGAGGAUAGGACACAGGUAUAUAGAAGUGUUCAAGAGCAGUCAGGAGGAAGUUAGGUCAUACUCAGAUCCCCCUCUAAAGUUCAUGUCUGUGCAGUGGCCAGGGCCCUAUGACCGCCCUGGCACAGCUUGGAGAUACAUUGGCAUUGUGAAGCAAGCUGGCCUGGAUAGGAUGUGGCCUGGUGCCUACAGUGCAGGCUACAGUGGCUAUGAAGAGUACAGAGGCCUCAGUGACGGCUACAGCUUCACCACUGACCUAUUUGGGAGAGACCUCAGCUACUAUCUCUCUGAGAUGUAUGACCACAGAUAUGGAGAUGGUGAGUUCGCAGUGCAGAGCACCACUGGGCACUGCGUCCACAUGAGGGGGCUGCCAUACAAAGUGACCGAGAAUGACAUUUACAAUUUAUUCUCUCCACUCAACCCCGUGAGAGUGCAUAUUGAGAUUGGCCCAGAUGGAAGAGUGACUGGCAAAGCAGAUGUAGAGUUUGCCACUCACAAAGAGGCUGUGGCAGCAAUGUCGAAAGACAGGGCUAACAUGCAGAACAGAUACAUAGAGCUCUUCUUGAAUUCAACAACAGGGGCCAGCAAUGGGGCAUACAGCAGCCAGGUGAUGCAAGGCAUGGGGGUGUCAGCAGCCCAGGCCACUUACAGUGGGCUGGAGAGCCAGUGAGUGAGUGGCUGCUAUGGGGCUGGCUACAGUGGGCAGAAGAGCAUGGGUGGGUACGACUAGUUUUAAAAAAACAUUUAAGUUUUUUUCAAUCAAAUUUUCACAGGCAGCCAACAAGCAAUGAAGAGCAGUUAUAACUCUAGAGGAAGCUGUGGGGACCCAUUUUGCACCAUGAGUUUGUGAAAUCUGGAUUAAAAAAAUUACCUCUUCAGUGUUUUCUCAUGCAAACUUUUCUUCUAGCAUGUGAUAUUGAGUAAACUAAAACUAUUUUCAGCUUUUCCCAAUUAACAUUUUGGUAGUAUACUUUAGAGUGAUGUUAUCUGAGUUUAAGUAGUUUAAGUAUGUUAAAUAUGGACCUUUUUCUACCACAUCACAGUGAACACACUGGGGAGACGUGCUUUUUUGGAAAACUCAAAGGUGCUAGCUACCUGAUUCAAAAAGAAAUAUUUCUCAUGUUCAUUGUAGUUUAUUUUAAUUUAAAAUCUUUUAGGUUAAGUUUAAGCUUUUUAAGAGUUAGUUUUGAGAAUUGAGACACAAUACUAAUACUGUAGGAAUUGGUGAGGCCUUGACUUAAAACUUCCUUUGUACUGUGAUUUCCUUUUGGGUGUAUUUUGCUAAGUGAAAUUUAUUAAAUUUUUUUGUUAACUAAUUUUUUUUCUUAAAAUAAAGAUUUUUCCACAAA